AUGGAGGCUAGCAUCUGGAGUCUUAUGUGGCAAGAAAGUACCACUGUUACUCAAAGCUUAGAUAAGAUCAAGAAUGACGAUAUUCGGGACAAGGUGGGUGUGGCCUCUGUGGAUGACAAGAUGCGGGAAGCGAAGCUCAGAUGGUUCGAGCACGUGCGGAGGAGAAGCCUGGAUGCUCCGGUGAGGAGGUGUGAGCUGCUGGCUUUAGUGGGUUCGAGAAGAGGUAGAGGACGGCCUAAGAAGUAUUGGGGAGACGUGAUCAGGCAGGACCUGGCGAGAUUGCAGAUUUUCGAGGACAUGGCCUUUGAUAGGAAGGUUUGGAGGCCGAGCAGUACGGUUGUAGGAUAG